ACUUUUCUUUGUCGGCGAGAACAAAUCGAGGUGCCGCAUUGUAACAGCAUUCCAGUAGUAGUUGUCGUUUAGGCAUCUUUUAGAUUAGCAGCGAGUCACUUCGCGGUAGUUAGCAUUAGCUGUAAGCUAACCCAAUAUCACUCUAAACAUGACAUGGAUUGAUCCAAAGUUCCUGGGAAUGCAGCCGCCGCUCCCAUCCGAGGUCGUCCGAGAGUUGGUGUGCUCCUGUCUGCACAGAGAUCCCGUAGCGGCAGAUCUUCGUUGCAGCCUGUUUGUUGCCGCUGCUCAAAACUACAAGAAGGACUCUUUGCUUCGACCCUUCCCUCCUCGAUACAUAAACGAUGACACUAAAGACUUUGAUGCACUGUUGACAGAUGUGAACUCCUUCCCUGGUGUGAGAGACUUGGUAAGACUGCGACCAGGAGAGCGAGAGCACCACGUAGCCUUGGCACACUGGAUUCUCUCUUCCAAGAGCUUUGCUGUCAAGACACUACAAAAAGACGAGUAUGGCAAACUUUGUUCCCUGACAGAAAAUGACAGCCUUGCUGCACCUGCGCCAGACUUUCUGUUUGAGCUGGAGUACUGCGACCAGUUGAACGCAAGGUUUGACCGGACGAGAGCAGACCGAGAUGUCUUCUACGCCUUCCAUGGGAGUCGCCUGGAAAACUUUCACUCCAUCAUUCACAACGGGCUGCACUCUCACCUCAACAAGAACUCAGUGUUUGGAGAGGGGACCUACCUCACCAGUGACCUCAGCUUAGCCGUCCUUUACAGUCCCCACAGCAGUGGUUGGCAGGAAAGCCUCCUGGGUCCACUUCUCAGCUGUGUUGCCUUGUGUGAAGUCAUCGAUCACCCAGAUGUCAAGUGUCAGGUGAAGAAAAAAGACUCUGAAAUCCUUGACCGUCAACGUUCACGGGCCAAAAACAGCGAGGGAGGCGACGUGCCACAGAAAUACUUUGUGGUCACAAACAAUCAGCUUUUACGUGUCAAGUACCUGUUGGUUUACUCUCAGAGGAGAUACCUGUCCAGACAUUCCCGCAGUAAUUCCUGGUUCCUGAGACACCACUUUGCCAUCAUGAUGAGUCUCUACCUUCUGCUGCUCAUAUUCAUUGGCACCUUCAACUCCAACGCCUUCAUAUCCUUUUGGAACCGACAAUUCAGAUGACAAAACAAAAAAAAAACUGAUUGACUCGAGUCUUUAUCCGCUGUGCCUUCCUGGUCAGACUCCAACUGGAGGCCUCGACUCACUGACUUAUUUUCUACUCGUAGCUAAUACUUGACUUCUUUCAACUGUCGUCGCCGUGCAGAAACGGAACUAAUUGUCAGCAGAUGUAACCGUCUGACUUCUUCCUUUUUAAUAUGUCUGUAUAAAAAUAAAAGUAGAGCACAGUCUACCAAGUUAAAAACCUCUUUGGGGUUGUGAAAUGAAUCACCUCUGCAGAUUUGUAGAGAAAAGUAUUCCUCCAAUUGACCAAACCUGUUAUGCUUACAGACUUUGAGUCAGUAAGCAUAAGAUUAUUUAACACUUUGCGAGAUAAGAGCGUGACAAUAUUUCUCAACCACAGUCGCAAAUGAGAUAUUUGUUUUGUUCACUUUAUUAAAAGACUGUAUUCCUCUUAUAAGUACCUUUGAUUAACUUUGGAAUAUUCACGUACAGUACAUAAGUGUUAGACCACUUCCGUGUGACUAAACUUAUCUGCUUAAUUUCUCAUAAAUUCAAUUUACCGAAUCAGAUUUGACUAUGAAAAUCCUUAAUCGAAGACAACCUUAAUUAUUUUAUUACUAAUAGACUUAUUUAAUUUCAUUUAUUCUAAUUCAACUGUUAACAUUUUUAGUUUUAAUUUGUGAAUGAAGCAACCGUCAAAUGCUUACCGUAUAUUCAUUCUUCGGUCAUGCAUGCAAAGCCAAAAAAACAUUUCAAAAUCCACUUGCAUUGUUUUGUGACUCGGUUGAAUAGAAUUCAGUGGAACCUUGAUUUACAAACUUAGGAAUUGGUUCUUGAAACCGAAAAGUUCGUACAAUGAAGCAGAGUUCCCCAUAAGAAUCGAUGUAAACAUGAAUAACUGGUUCCAGCCUCAACAAAAGUCCGUAUUUGAGUAAAAACUGCACACUUUGGAGACCCACAUAUGUAUGUAUGUAUAUAUAUAUAUAUAUAUAUAUAUAUAUAUAUAUAUAUAUAUAUAUAUAUAUAUAUAUAUAUAUAUAUAUAUAUAUAUAUUAGGAGUGUGCAUCUCUACCUUAAAUAGCAAUCCAAUAUGAAUCUCGCAAUAUGGGUUACGAUACGAUUCGCUAACAAUACUUUUGUAAUCAUUACAAUUCGAUGCAGAUGGAAACUGCAUGGUGAAAAUGAAUUAAAUUAUAUCAGAACAAUGUCAUGUGUUUGUAUUUCAAAUAGACAUAUACAAAAGAGGCGGUUCCUGUAUUUUUAGCAAGUAGAACUGUCAACUUCAAGGCAUUGCAAGCCAUAAACAUAACAAAAAGAAAAGAUGUGUAAGUUACAAAAUGCAAAGUAUGAUUAAAACUGUAAAUUAGUUUUCUUCUGUUGAUUCUUAGUUUAGUUGUAUUUUUAUGUGUUAUACAUUUUUAAAUGUUAGCGUAUCAAACUUCAUCAAAAGACUGAAGGGUUAUGAUAUUCACAAACAAACCAAAUUUGCUUGAUUUAUUUGAAGCGUGACAGUGAUGAAACAUUUACAUCUCACCCGAGGCAGAAACAGCGGUAGCUGUAUGUAUGUA